AUGUCUGUUCAUACAAGUCCUAAAAAUUCGUUUUUAAGUUCAUCUCGUACAAGACCCUAAACAGCUGUGACUAGUCCAAGAAGACUUUAACUAUAGUAAUUUAAUGCUAUAUAUUAGACUGUCUACCCAAAAUGAAGAUUAAGAUCAAUAAUAAUAAAUCAACAAAUAUACAGCAACUACUAGCCUCACACCAAAAAGUUUGAUGAAAUUAUAAGAGAGAAAAGUUAAUGUAGGGCACAGAUCUGAAAACGCUUCAUGCAAUUUAAGAGUUACUAAAGAAUAAGCGGAAAUUGAUCCUCCAGACGAUUACUUUGAAAAAGAAGUACUAAUUAAUUAAGAUGAAUAUCAAUAAUUCAAGAAGAACUUUCAUAGAAUUGUUUUUGAUGCUUUUGGGAACUACAUUUAUACUAAACCUGGACCUAUUGAUGAAGAAUUUCGACUUUAAGUUUCUGUAACAUUAAUUUAUAAAAUAAGUCAGCAUUGAAUAAACAUAAGCAUACUUCAAAUAGUCUCAAAAAAAAACUUUAAAUCAAAACUCAAAGUUUCUAGCCAAAAAAAACUAUUGAAAAUAUAGUUAAGAGUACAUCAGAAAUUGCUAAAAUGAACCCUAGACGAAAAGCAAUUUUAGAUAUUAAAUAAAAAGCAGAAAACUCUCUUUAUUCAAUGAUUAAUAAUCUAGCCAAAGAAAAAGUUUUAAAUGAAUCUAAAUUUUAAUUAGAAUAAGUCACACAAUAAAUGCUUACCUAUAUUGAUAAGUUUUCAAGAGAAAAGUAUACUUUUUUCUAUAAUUAGUUAAGAACUUGCUGAUUAACUUGAAAUGGCUAAAGGAAAAAUUUUUGAAUUACAAAGUUCAAAUGAAAGUCUAAAUUUUAAGAAUAUCUAAUUGCUUAAAGAAAUCAAGCGUUCUAAAUAAUAAUUGGAUGAACUUAAAAGAAGUACUGUAGAAAUUGAAAAAUUCAUUCCUCAAUUCAAUAUCAUGACUAAAAGAUUUUACAACUUUCAAGCCGAAAAAUUUAUUGAUAAAUAUGAUUAUUUUGAAAAUUAAAACUUGCUUCUCACUAAAAGAGUUUCAGAUUUGGAAUUAGAUUACAUCUAACUUGAAAAAUAAAAUUUUAAUUUAUAAAAAGACUUGGAAAUCAAACAAUAAACAAGAAACCCUCAAUAUGAUAUCAAUUAUAAUACAUCUAAUUAUAAAUAAGAUUCACCAGAUUAAGAUUAUGAGUAAUACAAAGAAAUGUAUUUGAACUUGUUUAAAAAAAUUUUACAAAUUUAUAGUGAUUGGGCUAGUAAAUCUAAGGCACUUCUGCCUGAAAAAAUGGAUGGAGGUCCUAGAGCCAAUUUAGUUGAGCCUUUAGAAAUGUUAGAAAAUAUGGAAAAGAUGAUAACCAUAUCUACUAAUGAAAAACUCUAAUCCUAUUUAAGAAAAAUUAUUGUUAGCGCUAAUUAGUUAUAAAGAAAGUAUUUAACUGAAAAUGUUAAUGAAAAAUUUGAUCCAGAAAAGAUUUAUGAGAGAAUCAUUAAAUUAGUGGAUAAUUUAAAAGCUUAAAUUUCUAAUCUACAAUCUUAAGUUCAAAGCUCUAAAUAAUCUUAGAAUGUAUUUUAUAAAUAUUUUUUAGUGCUUAACCUAAGUUCAAACGCAAAGGUCAAAAUCUUAUCUUCAUGAGAAAGAAUAAAUUUAACCAUGA